ACUAUACUAGGCGGGAGAGAUGCACGUCUCUCCCAGUGUUCGUGGCACACCACAUGCCCGUGACUGGACAUCCACUCCUCUGCCUCACUGGGCUUCCACCAUGUGCCUCUAUUGCAUCUUCAGUUUUGCUUUUGAACGACUUCAGUUACAGCAUUAAACAAUGGUUCGAUCACCUCCUCGGUUCUACGAAGAUGGAUCCGAGACUUCGGCAUGCUACUAUCCUCCGGACAACAUGGGCCCGUACCUGUCGUCGUCCUACAACCAACGCACGGCUCCAAAGAAGAAAGAGCGCUCAAAACUGAUGCGUCGACUGAUUCCUUUCGUUUGUGGUGUGUUAGUAUUGGUGAUUGUCAUCGUAAUUGUGGCAGUAACGCUACAUUCCAAUUCGAGCAAGUCUGAAGAUACGACAAGCUCUGACAGUGGUGGAAAUUCGACUUCAGCUGCAUCUGCGUCGACACUACCGUCGUCGUGCUCCCCGGUCGCUGCAAAGGACCGAACGGUGGCCUUCUGGCAGAGUGAAGUGGCAGGAUGUGACUCUGUUCCGGACGGAGUCACGCACAUCGUCUUCGGCUUCGCACUCGUCUCUGACGGGGUUAUUGUGCCGACGUUCCAGUCCUCCGAUGCGACUAUCUCGGAGUGUGUAGAGAAGCUUCAUGAACGGUGUAUUCUUGCAAUGGGCAGUAUCGGAGGAUCGACCAACAAUGAGAACAUGUCAGCGGUUAGGAACUCCACGCUGUUUGCUGAGUCUGCCGUGGUUUUGAUGACUAAAUUCGGAUUUGACGGACUGGAUCUCGAUGACGAGACUGUAGGAGCGGAGUUCAGUGCUGAUCGAAUGGUGGGGAUGUUGAAAGCUACACGAGAAGCGCUGGAUGCUUCAGGUAGCACCUCGGCUCUACUGACAUAUGAUGCGUACUUCUAUGAGGGUGACACGUCGGUCUGUUCAGCGGCGGACAGAGCAGCGUACUCGAGGUGCUUCCCGUCUGAAGUGCUGGACUACGUGGACUGGGUCAACAUUAUGGCAUAUAACGUCAACCUGGACAAUGACACUGCUGCAGCGAUAUAUGCCGCUGCUGAGAGCACCACAUUCGCUGCGUGGGGAACUCAAUUUGGUGGGAACUACUCGUUGGCUACGAUCGGUCUGUGCGUGGGAGGAGGGUGCGCUUACGGACCCGGACCAAACGCUACGGUUAUUGCAGAAUGGGAAGCGUUUGGCCGCCAAGAAGGGCAUGGAGGUAUGAUGAUUUACUCAGCAUCAGCAGAAGUGGGUGGCGAUUAUCCUGUUACUCGUAGCAUCGUCAGUACGACGGCAUGA